CGAUUCUCGACCCGCCGAUCCCGUGCGGCACGCGCCUGCGCUGCCCGCACCCGUGCACACGGCCGCCGCCGGCGUGUGAGCACCCGCGCUCACCGUACGCGUGCCACGCGGACGACGCGCGCGGGUGCCCGCCGUGCCCGUUCUUAACGACGAAGCUGUGCGCGUGCAGGAAGCGCACGGUGGACAUCGUGCGGUGCGCGCAGGCGCACGAGCGCGUCGGCGUCGGCAGCAGCGGGUGCGGGCGUCUGUUGGGCUGCGGGUUCCAUGUGUGCGAGCGGCUGUGCCAUGGCGGCGAGUGUGGACCGUGUGCGCAGGUGUGCGGCGAGCCGCGCAAGCUGUGCGCGCCCGCGCACCACCUCUACACGCAGCCGUGUCACGCGCCGUUGGCGUGCCAGGAGACCGAGCCAUGCCGCGCGAUCGUGACCGUCGCGUGCUCCUGCGGGCUGCCCGAACAGCCACAAGCUGAUCUCUCUUGCCUCCUUCGUCGAUAAGAUCCGUGCCAUGGAGGGCAUGCUCUUCGAGCACGAAGCCAUCAAUCGCGAAGUCAGCACCCUCCACGAGCUGAUGGAGGAGGAAAAACGCGAAUUAGACAGCGUACGCGGCAGACGACGUUCGGGGACGCUGCGUGCCGAGGAUCACGAUGACAGCAAGUACGGAGGCGACGACGACGACGCGCAGAGUAUCACGACC